AUGAAGAGAAAAUACCAGGACUCUUCUAGAGUUAAACGUGCGCAACUCCAAGCAUUAAGGAGAGACUUUGAAGUUUUACAGAUGCAGGAAGGUGAAGCUGUUACCGACUAUUAUGCAAGGGCCAUGGGUAUUACAAACAACAUGCGUAUCCAUGGUGAAAAAAUGAACGAUACAACCAUUGUUGAAAAAUUAUUGCGCUCCCUAACAUCCAAGUUUGACUAUGUGGUGUGUUCCAUUGAAGAAUCCAAUGAUCCAGAUGAGUUGUCCCUUGAUAAGCUUCAAAGCUCCUUACUGGUUCAUGAACAGAAGUUGAAGAGACGUUUUAUCGUAGAAGAACAGGCCUUGAAAGUUUCUACUGCUUCCUACUUUAACGGAAGAGGAAGAGACAGCGGUCGAGGAAGAGCAAGAGGCGGAGGUCAAGUGAACAGAGAUAGUAACAGCAAAGGAAGAGAUCGUGAUCACGAAAAAUCCAAGGUAGAAUGCCUUAGAUGUCACCGGUAUGGUCAUUACGCCUCUGAAUGCUAUACUAGGCUGCCCGACCAUGACAAAUCUAAGGUAGAAUGUCUUAGAUGCCAUCAGUAUGGUCAUCAUGCGACUGUAUGUUACACCAAGUUGCCUAAUAUCAAAAUGAAAAAAGAGACCUCAAAUUUUUUGGAAGAAACAAAGGAAUCGAAAACUUUGCUAAUGGUUGUCCAUGAAGGAAAGAAGAGUGAGCCAGAAACCUGGUUCGUGGAUACAGGCUGCAGCAACCACAUGAGUGGAAGUAAGUCUUCAUUCUUAAAUUUGGAUGAAAGUUUUCAGUCGAUUGUUAGUUUUGGUGAUUUAUCAACUAUAGCUGUGAUGGGAAAAGGAGAUAUUAACAUCAAAACCAAUAAUGGCAUUGUGGAGACUAUUUCUAAUGUAAUGUAUGUUCCAAGCCUGAAAAAUAAUUUGUUAAGUGCUUGUCAGUUACAAGAAAAAGGAUAUGUUAUUAUCCUUGAUAAAGGAGUUUGCGAAAUAUAUGAUCCUGCAAGGAGAAAAACAAUUGCAACUGUACACAUGAGCUCUAACAGGUUGUAUCCUAUAAAAUUUGAAAGCAUUCAAUCGUGUUUGUUGGCGGAUGCAAAAAACUCUUCAUGGUUGUGGCAUACUGAUACGGUCACCUAA